AUGGCCACAGAAAGCUUCCGAGCACCUGCCAAUGGUGACCUGAUGUACCCGCAACAGACGCCCACCAAUGGCUCCCACUCGGCUCCGUCGCACAGAAGGCAGACGUCCCAUGUCGUCAAGCCUGCGCCAGAUUACUACGAAGACAACGAGUUUUAUGCCAGCAAUCCAACCGUCUCGAGAGCACCAUCAGCGCCCUACGCAGCGAAUUCAGGCAGAGCUCAUGGGCGCCAGAAGUCGCGUUCGAAUCCCACUAGAAGCAAAAGCUACCGAAGAAACGUGGACCCGGAAGAGGAGAUGGACUACAAAGACCAGCCACCCGUGUCGGACCCGUCAGCAUGGGUGGAUGGCAAUGCGAGAUUAUCAGCACCAAGCGUUGCGAAGCAGGGAAACGAUCUCAGAGCAUCACCGUCAUCGAACGGCCAGCCAUCGCCAAUGAGCAGGUCAAGUACUCGACACGAUUGGGCUUCGGACCGGUCGCCCCUCCAGAAGCUCGAGGUCACUUUUACCGGUAUUAGCAAGGAAGAGAAAAGAGCGCGCGCUCUAGAAGCUGAGAUGAAACUGAAAGAACGGAUGCAACGGAAAGCUGAGGCUGCGGCAUCGGGCCAGUCUCCUGAAACUGAGGAGCUUGCAGCACCCGGACGGACAGGAGUACCAGGCCGGCCUGCCAAAGGUGCCAAACGACCAGUCCACCGGCGUUUCGCUUCCGAAGCUGAGGCAAAAUAUACCCCCCCAGGACAGGGCCCAUCUGAGAGGACCAGACCCACCCGCAGCAGAGCGCCUUCUCUACCGUACUCUAUCCCGCGUCCCUUGGAAGACCCUCCUCAGUAUACCGAUGAAGCACAAUCGGACGAGACGAUGACCAAGAACGGCAACGAUUCUAGGCGUCCAAUCCCUCAAGCCCAGGGACAUCCCAUGGGCCCACGGGCGAUGAACCAGAGCAAGCCUCGGGUAUCACGGCCUCAGACUGCUGGCUUCCAGGACCCAGCCCUCCCAGAACAGCCUAUGAUGACUUUCCCAAACAGAAAGCCUGCUCCCGGACUAGCACCAUAUCCUGACUUGUCGGCCCAUCACACGAGGUCACCCCCACAGCCUGCCCCAGAAAGAGACCUCCCCGUCCCAGGAAAGGGUUCCCCACAAGGGAUUAUCAAGAAUUCCGCUGGCACAGUACCAAAUUUCAAAUCAAAUGCGCCGGCAAAGCCCAAAGUCUCUUUCAAUGUGCCACCCCCUACGCCCCCUCCCCUAUCGGAAUGGAAAACCGCAUCAGUGGCAAGACUUGGCGCCUCCGAUUUUGAUUUCCAACGGUUUGAUGCGGAUCGAAGCAAAGCUUGGUGGGAUACUGGGGCAAGCACUAAUCGCCGGCGCAGCCGGGCUUUGCCAAAUGAGUUCGCUCAGAAGCCACCCACCCAAGGUCAAACAGCCCACAAGCGCUUCCAGCCAUCUCUCUUUUUGCAAAGUGGACCGUUGCUCCGAUAUGCAGGAUUGAAGCGGGUUCGAAUCGAUGGGCCCAAUGGACCGUUCAACAAGGAAACUUGGCGAGGAAGUAUCCUGAUUGUGACCCAAGACUCGCGCUCCUGCUAUGAACCACGGCCGAAUCUGAAGCUGUUCGCCCAACCGAUGGACCUCCUCCCCCCUCCUCCCGUUCAGGUUAAUGGCGAGGAUGCUGAACUCGCGCCCGAGUAUAUUGAUCCGACGGCAGGGCUGAUGAAGUUGGGUCGGGACGGACGUCCUCUCUAUGUCAAACCCGUGGAACACCUCAUGGAGGAGGUGGAUCUUUCGCUCAUCGAGAACGACGAUGGCAUUUACGAGUUGUCGCCAAGCAUUGUGGACUACAGCAGCGAGGGCGUCAAGCAGCCCGUGCCAGCUAAUAGAGUGCACUCCAUGGACGGAGAGACAGCCGGGAGCUAUACCGAGAUCGCCGGAGCUCGUCUGUAUGCCGACCCGGGACGAAAUGUCACGUUCUGGAAAUUCAAUAUCGAGAUCGAGCUGGGGCCUACUCAACAGCGGGUCGCCUACCGUCUGAACCAGGGACCGGCUUUGGGUUUCUGGGUGCCAGCGAGGGGGCAGUCGAUGAACAUCAUGUUCCAUACCGGCAACGGCUUCAGUCCAGCUGCAGAUUCCAACAAACUCAGCGGGCCUGACCCUCUGUGGCGAGAUAUACUAAAUGAGCACCAGACUCGCCCGUUCCAUGUCAUGAUCGGUGGUGGUGAUCAGAUAUUCAACGACAAGGUUAUAGCGGAAACGACUCACUUCCAGGAGUGGGUGAAUAUGAAGAAUCUGAGCGAAAAAUACGAGUCGCCUUUGACCCCUGAAUUCAAGGCAGAGCUGGAAGAUUUCUACCUGGAGAAUUACUCCACGUGGUUCUCUCAAGGACUCUUCUCUCUUGCCAACUCACAGAUCCCCAUGGUAAACAUGUGGAACGAUCAUGAGAUCAUUGAAGGAUUCGGCUCCUACCCAGAAGAUUUCAUGAACUCGCCUGUGAUUUCCGGUCUCGGCAGUAUUGCGUUCAAAUAUUACCUGCUGUUCCAGCAUCACAGUGUUCCGGAGGAAACUGAAGCAGAGGAACCCAGCUGGCUUCUCGGAGCCCAGCCUGGACCCUAUAUUAACCAGAGAAGUCGACACUUGUUUAUGUCAAUGGGUGACGGCGUGGCUUUCCUUGGGCUGGAUUGUCGAACGGAACGAAUGACUGACGAGAUCCUUUGCGAACAAACAUGCGAUCUGAUCUGGGACAGAUGUCAUCGGGAGAUUGUCAAGGGUGAAACCAAGCACUUGAUAGUGUCUCUGGGCUUGCCUGUUGCGUAUCCCAGAGUGGCAAUGGUCAGGAACAUUCUCAACAGCCGUAAAUCCCUCGGCAAAACCGGGCUCUUUGGUGGGUUGAUGGGCAAAAAGGCUGGCAAGAUCGAGAUCUUCGAUGAUCAUUGGACGGCCAAGCAUCACAAGUCCGAACGGACUUAUCUGAUUGAAGAUCUUCAGGACCUUGCUGCGGAGAAAUCCGUCCGAGUGACCAUCCUGAGUGGCGAUGUGCACCUCGCUGCCAUUGGACAGUUCUACUCGAACCCCAAGUUGAAUGUGCCCAAGGACAAGGAUUAUCGGUAUAUGCCGAACAUCAUCUCCUCUGCCAUUGCAGACAUGCCGGAGACAGACAUGGUCUCGGACACGCUCAACAAGCGCAACCGCGUACACCACAUGGACACCAACACGGAUGAGGACAUGCUCCCGAUCUUCACGCACGACGUGAACAACAAGGCCCGCAACAACAAGCGGUUGCUUCCUCGACGGAACUGGUGUUCGAUCCGUGAGUAUCAGCCUGGCUCUACCCCACCAGAGACACCGCAACUUGCAGCCGAGGAGGAGCACCGCCCAGCAAAGCUCAAGCGAACACUCUCCUUAACUCGCAACGAUAAGCCCCCGCGCGCAGGUCUCCUCCGACGUCUCUCAAUGCGCGGCCCUCCCCCGACAAAGGAGUUUAAUCUCGGUCCACCCCCGGACAACCGACGGAUGAGCCUGGACGGCCCCUUCCCACCCCCCUCGACAAGUGACACGCAGUUCCCUGCCCCAGCCGAGUUCAAACCGGGCCCCUUCAUGCGCCGACCCACCAACCUCAGCCAAAAGUCGGCCAAACGCGGCGAUGAGGGUGCAGGAGCCUUCAUCAACCUGGAAGGCGGACUCUCCAUUACCCUCAACCUAGAACUCAACCCCAAGGACCCAGCGGGAAUCACCACACCGUACAAGCUGCUUGUCCCGGCUCUUCGUUGCGACGGCGCUGAAUUCGACCCCCCUGCCUCGCCCGUCCGGAAGGGCUGGAAAAAGUGGUUGGGCGUGCGCAGAAAGAAGGAAGACAGGGCUGCGGUGGAGGAUACCGAGGCGGAGAAUGGGUUUACAGAUGAUGAAGAUGAGGAUGCGCUUGAUGAUGAUGACGAUGAUGAUGAGGAAGUUCAGGGGACCUUUGAGAUCGCCGAGGGAGGGAUCCUUCCGCCAGAGACCCUGGUACCCGUGAGUCUGGAGGAUAUGGAUGGGGAUGCUGAUGGCGAGGAGAAUGCGGAGAAGGAAACACCAAAGCGGAGAAAGUGGUUUGGACGGUCGAAGUGAGGGGAACUAAUUUUCGUGUUUAUUUCUUUUUCCCCAUGUGUCGUUGUCCCUUGUCACCCUUUUUUCUUUUUUCUUUCUUUCUUUCUUUCUUUCUUUAUUUAUUUAUUUCUUUCUUUCUUUCUUUUUUUUUUUUUUGAAUGUUUCCUUACGAGCGACGAUUGACGAUUGACUACGAUGCCGACGAUAAUGAUCUAUGAGUUGUAUGUGUGGUGAAGGGGAG